UCAGUCCAAGUCGGACGUCUUCAGUAAGUUUUUCCAUCGCUUGUACCUAUUUUUGAUUAAUCACAACUGCCCCAAUCAUUGUUAAGGGAUACAGACAAGUGUCAACGAUUGUCAGUGAUCGAGAUAAACAGUAAAUAAAUAAGCAAAAUGGCGGAUCGUGAUCUGGCAAAGCUCGCCCAUGAGGACCGGGAAGGAAAAUUCGGAUAUGUCUACGCAGUAUCCGGACCUGUCGUUACGGCAGAAAGAAUGUCUGGAUCUGCUAUGUACGAGUUGGUUCGUGUGGGAUAUUAUGAACUAGUAGGUGAAAUUAUUCGUCUCGAGGGAGACAUGGCGACGAUUCAGGUAUACGAAGAGACAAGUGGCGUCACAGUGGGUGAUCCUGUCCUUCGAACGGGCAAGCCAUUGUCCGUUGAGCUUGGUCCAGGAAUCCUUGGAAGUAUUUUCGACGGUAUUCAGCGUCCCCUCAAGGACAUAAACGAAUUAACGAGCUCGAUUUACAUCCCCAAGGGAGUGAACACCCCAUCUCUCUCCCGUACUAUUGCUUGGGAAUUUAAUCCAUUGAAUAUUAAGAACGGAAGUCAUAUUACUGGUGGUGAUCUCUACGGUAUUGUCCAUGAGAACACUCUUGUAAAACAUAAGAUGAUCCUGCCCCCCAAGAGCAAGGGAACUGUUACUUAUAUCGCACCUGCUGGAAAUUACACAGUGAAUGAUGUAAUCCUCGAAACCGAGUUCGAUGGUGAACGCAAUAAGUACACUAUGCUGCAAAUAUGGCCAGUGCGUCAGCCCCGACCUGUCACCGAGAAACUGCCAGCGAAUCAUCCACUUCUGACAGGCCAACGUGUCCUGGACUCUCUCUUCCCUUGCGUUCAGGGUGGAACCACUGCAAUUCCUGGUGCUUUCGGUUGUGGAAAGACUGUAAUCUCCCAGGCCCUCUCCAAGUACUCAAAUUCAGACGUCAUCAUCUACGUAGGUUGUGGUGAACGUGGUAACGAGAUGUCUGAGGUACUGCGUGAUUUUCCAGAAUUGACUGUGGAGAUCGAGGGAGUCACCGAGUCCAUCAUGAAACGUACUGCUCUGGUAGCUAAUACAUCGAACAUGCCUGUGGCUGCUCGUGAGGCUUCCAUCUACACUGGUAUCACGUUAUCCGAGUACUUCAGGGACAUGGGUUACAACGUCUCUAUGAUGGCUGACUCGACUUCACGUUGGGCCGAGGCUCUUCGUGAGAUCUCGGGUCGUCUCGCUGAGAUGCCUGCUGAUUCUGGAUAUCCAGCUUACCUCGGUGCCAGACUUGCCAGCUUCUACGAGCGUGCUGGAAGAGUCAAGUGUCUUGGUAAUCCUGAUCGUGAGGGUUCUGUCAGUAUUGUUGGUGCUGUAUCACCUCCUGGAGGUGAUUUCUCGGAUCCUGUAACAAGCGCCACUCUGGGUAUUGUCCAGGUAUUCUGGGGUUUGGACAAGAAACUCGCCCAGCGUAAGCACUUCCCGUCCAUCAAUUGGCUGAUUUCCUACAGUAAAUAUCUUCGUGCGCUGGACGACUUCUACGACAAGAAUUUCCAGGAAUUCGUGCCUCUGCGAACUAAAGUCAAAGAGAUCCUUCAGGAGGAGGAAGACCUCUCGGAGAUUGUGCAAUUGGUUGGUAAAGCUUCGCUGGCUGAGACCGAUAAAAUUACACUCGAGGUCGCUAAGCUGUUGAAGGAUGAUUUCUUGCAACAGAACAGUUAUUCACCUUACGAUCGUUUCUGUCCGUUUUACAAAACUGUUGGUAUGCUGCGAAAUAUGAUUGCUUUUUACGAUAUGGCGAGACACGCGGUUGAAUCCACAGCACAGUCUGACAACAAAAUCACCUGGAACGUUAUACGUGAUAGUAUGGGAAAUAUCCUGUACCAACUCAGCUCUAUGAAAUUCAAGGAUCCAGUGAAAGAUGGGGAACAAAAAAUAAGAUCCGAUUUUGAUCAGCUCCACGAAGACAUUCAGCAAGCGUUCCGAAACCUGGAGGAUUAAGUAAAUAAAUAAGAAAAAUCUAUUUUCCGCACAGAACCCCUCAUUCGAUCGGUUAUCUGAGGAUCUCGGGUGCUUAGGGGUGUUCCCAAUCCCCAGGUGAAAGUUAACGAGGCAUUAAUCAUUGAAUGGCAUGAAACUAAUUAUUCAUACCCCGCCAUUAGGACAUUCCUCAUUUUUGAAAUUCUUUUUGUUGAUGUACUUUGCGAUCCCCAUGCUUGCUGGCCUAAAACUCCACUCUCCCCUUCGUCAGAAAUUGUAAAUAUCUAUAAUUACUAGUUAAUUCCGCAGUGAGGUAAAGUGUAAUGAGUCAGCUGCUCUCACUUUGUUAAAUAUGAAAUCAUAUUCAGAAGAGUGAUUCAAGAAACGAAUGUAAAAAACGAAUAGAUUUUUGUAGAAAAUAUUAUUAUCUACGAAAAUAUUUUCCUGACAUUUUAAUUACGUUUUACCAAUUCGCUACGGGAUCAAAAAUCCAGAAGUGUGCAAAUUGAAUCUGCAAUAAUUUAUUUGAUCUCGAGUGCCAACGGAACGUUUUUUGAUCGAGACAAUAAAGGUGGAGCGCCCCUGAGCCUAUGCGGAGUUUUUAAAGAGACAAAAAUUGAUAAAGAUUAAUUCAAUGAAAAUGUGUUUUCGAUCAUUGUAAACUAUUCCUUGUCCUUCAGUCUGUAUUUUGAGUUUUUUAAACCUCAGUUUUAGCCCCAGAGAUGUGAGAGUUUAUCAUCUGUGUCGGUCCAAUGAAAACCUAAUUUCCAUUAGUGCUUUUUUGCACAUUUUAGAAUAAACGAGAACAAAAUAAAACCCUGGAAUUCUAUUCAUGUACAAUAUUGAUGAAAAAUGUCUUUGGGAAAGUUUAUCUGUCGUUCUAUUUUCAAUUGAAAGUAAUUUUAUUCCAAAAAAUGUCUAUUAACGAUAAUAAAUAAAUAAAAAAAACGUA